AGGCCCAGGGCUGCUCCGCGUCUCCAGGAAACGGCUUCCAGAAAACAGCUUCCAGAAAACAGCGUUCUUAGUCCCCAUGGCAACCGGGCCUGCACUCCUGUUUCCAGGGAAACCCAGCCCUCCGCGUCUCGGUUGCCACAGCAACACCUAUGGACUCUCUUGGCGGUGUGGUCCCGCCAAGCCAGAGGGGGCAGCUGGGCGCCCAGGCCAGGGGAGUCAGUGCUGCACAGGUGUGGUGCCAGGGCACUGAAGCAGGUGGCCCAGCCAGGCACCCGCCCCCACGGCUUUCUUCUGGGUUCCGGGCUCCGUCCCGCCUGCGAUGAGUGCUUCCUCCAGCGAACCUGGCGAGGGGGACACGGCAGAGCGGUCCCAGCUGGGGCUGGACACCGUGAUCCAGGUUCAGCUCACCUGCCACCUCCUCCAGGAAGCCUGUGUGGGUACUGGGGACACAAGAAGGCUGGAGGACACGGUCCUGAGCCCCACAGCCAGCAGAGAAGACCGGGCACUGACCGUGCGUGGGGAAGGCUGGCAGGCCGCACCCACCCCUGUCCCUGCCCGCAUCCGUGAGAUUGUGGCUGGCAGCCUGGGCGAGGAGCCACCCCAAGGGCUGCGGGAGCUGCCGGCCGCCUCGGCCCACGUGCAGGAGGAGAAUGAACUCCUGCAGGAGGAGCUCUCCCGGCUGGAGGACCUGCUGGCCCAGGCGGGCGCUGAGAGGGAUGAGCUGGCCAGCAGGUACCAUGCCGUCAGCGAGCGGCUGCAGGCCCGCCUGGAGACCACCGAGGCUUGGCUGCGGAGGUCAGAGCUGGAGCGCAGCGUGGACCUGCAGGAGGCCCUGAGCCGUCUGGAAGCUGCCGAGCAGAGGAGCACCGGCCUCUCCCGGGUGAACGCCCUCCUCCGGGGGCAGCUGGAGCACAUGAAGAAGGCCAACGACAGGCUGGCUGAGGAGCUUGCCAGGACGACGGGCCGCGUGCUCCGUCUGCGGGGCCAGCUGGAGCUGAGGGAGGCACAGCGCCGGACCAAGAGAGAGACCCGGGGUGUGUGCCCGGCGGGGCACCGGAACUUCCUCCUGCUGUGGAGACAGGUCACAGCACUCCGGGCACACCUGGCUGAGCUGCGCGAAGCCACCGAGAGGGGUCUCGCUGACAUGCAAGCGGAUGCUGCCAGGACAGCCCGGCGCCUGCACAUGGCCUGCCUGAGCCUUGACUCCAGCCUGCGGCUGGCGGCCAGCAGUGCCCACAGCGCCCUGGAGCAGCGGCUGCGGGACAAGGUGCAGGACAUGCUGCAACUGCAGGGCCGCUGGGACGCGGAGAAGGUGGCCCUCCAGGCCAGACUCUCUGAGCAGACACGGCUGGUGGACAAGCUCACAGAGCAAAACUCCAAGAAGGAGAGAACCAUCUCUUACCUCGAAAUGGAAGUUCAGAACCUGGAGGCGCGGCGCAGUGGAGGCCAGCUGGCGGUGGGCGACUUAAAGGAUGAAGUCGAAUCCCUGUGGCAUGUCUUGAACAGCAUCACAAAGGUGGCCCAGGCAGACGCAGUGUGCCCAGAGCUGCUGCACAGUGGCAGCCCUGAGGGCAAGGAGGGGCAGGGCCGACUGAGGAGUCCCCCAUGCACCGCUUCCCCGUACCCAGGCCUGUCCCCACCACGGGCCAGCUCCCCGGCCACCCUGGACCCUGCACUGCAGGCCGUGCAGGCAGCCAUUGAGAGGCGACAGCAGCUGGAGCAGGAGCUGCGCCUGCAGCUCGAGGCCUCUCAGGAGGAGGCGGCUGGGCUCCGGGAGCAGCUGUCCGAGAGCCAGCAGGAGCUGCAGGCCUCCAAGAGCCUCCUACAAGAGCGGGUGCAGGAGCACGGGGACCUCCUGGGCAGGCUGGAGGCACAGAGCCGGGAGGCGCAGCGCUGCCAGGCGUCCAGCAAGCUCCUGGGCAGGGAGAAGAGGGCUCUGGAGGCAGCGGUGGAGGAGCUGAGAGGGAAGGUGGCUGCCCGCGACACGGAGAAGCAGCGGCUGGAGGCAACCUGUGCCGAGCUGCGGAGGAGCCUCCAGCUGUGCGCGGAGCAGAAGGAGGAGCUGGCGUGGCGGGGCAGGACGCAGCUGCAGACCAGUCGGGGGCACCUGGAACAGCUGGAGGAGCAGGUCUCGGGGCUCAGGAAGGAGCUGGCGUCGGCCAGGGAGGCCCUGAGCGCAGCCCAGCUGCAGAGGGACGUCCUGGAGGGCCAGCAUGAGGGUCUGCGCAGCGCCCUGUCCCGGGUGGAGUCCAGCAAUGCCGACCUGGAACUGCUCACCGCCCGACUGAAGGCAGAGGGGGUGAAGCAAAGGGACUCCCUGGCCAAGAUGGCCACUCUGACGGAGGGGCUGGCCCAGGACAAGGGCACCCUGAACCUCCUGGUCCUGCAGCUGGAGCAGGAGCGGGACCAGCUGCGGGAGCAGCAGAAGGCGCUGGAGCAGGAGCGAGCAGGUGCCCGGGAGCAGCUGGCAAAGGCCGAGCAGCAGCUGCAGCGGGUGCGGGCCGAGCGGAAGGGCCUGCAGCAGGCCUGCGGGCGCCUGGAGGAGCAGCUGGAGCAGGUCACAUGCAAGAAACAGGACCUGCAGGAGCAGCUGGCCCAGAGCCUGCAGGACCAGGAGGCCCAGAUGGACACGCUCCAGGGUGCCCUGCGCGAGAAAGAAGCUUUGUCUGAGGAGCGGGCCCGGCUGCUGGCCACGCAGGAGGCUCUGGAGAGACGGGGUCAGCUCGCCGCUGAGGAGGCAGCUGACCUCAGGGCUGCGAGGGACGCUCUGCAGAGCAGCCUCUUUGAGGCCCGGCAGCGGGUGAAGCAGCUGCAGGCACAGCAGGAGCAGCUGGAGGGAGAGGCCCAGAGUGCCCGGCUCGCUUGGCAGGCCCUACAAGUGGAGAUGGAGCAUCUGAGAGGUGCCUGGGAGGCCCAGGAGGCCAAGCUGCAGUGGGACGUGGGGCAGCUGCAGCGGCGAGCGGUUCAGCAGGAGCGGGACGUGCAGCUGGCCCUGGAGAGCCAGGCACUGGCCCACCGUGAGGACCUGGCACGGCUCCAGAGGGAGAAGGAGACGCUGAAUCUGUCUCUGACGAAGGAGAAGGAGACCGCAGCACGUCAGCUGGACAGGGAGAAGGAGCUGGCGGUGAGGAGCACUGCCAGGAGGGAGGCCUUGAGGGCGGAGGUUCAGAGCCGGAGGCAAGAGCGUGGUGAGCGUCUCCUCCCGCUGGAACAUGAGACGCGGCAGGCCCUGUCUCUGAGAGAAGCAGAGAGGAGCCUGCUGAGGGGCAAGCUCUCUGAGGCCCUGAGGGAGGUGGAUCGCGUGAGGCAGGAGGCCCAGAGUCAGCGUGAGCAAGCCCAGGAAACCGUCAGUGCCACGACUGCCGAGCUGUGGGCCCUGCAGGCCCAGUUUGAGGACGCCAUCUCCGCCCAUCAGGGAGAGGCUGCAGCCUGGAGCCAGAGUCUCCGGGAGAUGGCGGCAGAGCGCAGCAACGUGGGGAGAGAGGCCGAGAGGCUGCGGACACAGCUGGCCGAGGCCCAGGAGGGGCUGGCCGUGCUGCGCCGGGAGCUUCAGGGCAGCGAGGAGAGCCGCGAGGGGCUGCACAGGGAGGUCCUGGAGGCCCGCCGGGCGCUGGCUGACGAGGCCCAGGAGAAGGACGUGCUGCAGCGUUCCAACACCGAGCUGCGGGCCGCCAUCCGCAGGGCAGAGCGAGAGAAGGCCAGCGUUCAGCGGUCCAAGGAAGAAAAGGAGCAGAAGGUGCUGGUCGUGGAGGAGGCCCGAGCGGCGGCCCAGAAGGAGGCCAGCGAGCUUCGGGCCAGUCUGAGGGACACAGAGCAGGCCUGGGCAGACACCCGCCGGGUGCUCCAGGAGGCCCGCAGACAGGUGAAGACACUGGGGGCUGAGAACCGGAGGAGGAGCCAGGAGGUGGUCCAGCUGCAGGCUCGGGGAGCACAGGAUGCCCACCGGCAGCAGCAGGGCCAUCAGGAGGUGCUAGAACUGCAGAGGCAGGUGGCCAAGGCGGAGGCUUCCCUCGAGGGCUCCCAGAAGGAGGUCCUGAGGCUGCAGCGGAAGCUGGCAGAGGUGGAGGCCAGAGGCGGGACCCAGGAGAAACAGCUGGAGGGGCGCCUGUGCGAGAGCCGGCAGGCAGAGCAGAGCCUCCGGGCAGAGCUCCACAGCGCCACCAGCAGGCUGCAGCAGGCCAGCGGUGUGGCUGACGGCCUCCAGGCUCGCCUGGACGGGGCCUGCCUCCAGGUCCACAGCCUGCAGCAGGAGCUGGCCCAGGCCGAGGGCGCCAGGCGGGCUGCAGAGGGCCAGCUGGGCCAGCUAUGGUCCACGCUGUGCCGAGGCCUGGGCCUCCGGGGGCGGAGCCCCUCGGCCUCCCCUGAGCGGCCCAGUUUCCCCACCAAAGCCUUGGACGGCGUCCAGGGUCACUCUGGGCAGCAGAGUGACAGCCCUGCCACCAGGUCCUGCUCUCCGCUCCAACGGCCCUCACUGGCACCUGCAGACCACAGCCCAGAUGUGGACGUGGCCGCUGUGCGGGAAGCCCUGAGGGACUUCAUGCAGAAGCUCCGGGAUGCCCAGCAGGAGCGGGACAACUGGCACUUCCAGGUGACGAGCCUGAGCAGCCGGCUGAUCCGGGCCGAGGGCGAGCGCGCCCGAGCCCAGAGCCACGCGCGGCAGCUGCAGAAGGCGCUGGCCCAGGCGGAGGAAGGUGGCCAACCUGAAGGAGCAGCCGGACCAGGAAGUGCAGCGGCAGUGACAAGCCAAGGGGUGCGCUGCAGCAGCCCCUGCCACAGCCCGGCACCAGGGCCCACAGGGCCUCGCUGGGACCCAAUGCCCCGUGCUGCUCAGGGACGGGCCGAGCUCAACGGGGAUGCGUGGUGCUGGCAGCCGCUGCCCAGAGUGCACCACUUAUGCCCUGGGAGCCCUCCACCAGGCAGCAGGCACCAUAUGAGUCCCUGAACACAGAGCUCCCCCAGCCUGCGGCUGGCGCGGGCCACACCUCAGGACACCCCUCUCUCACUCCUCCGCAACUGCAGAGGCUGCCUCACAGCCCCACCAGGCCUGGCACUCAGCUUCCGCUUGGACGUGCUGCCCGGCCAGGCCCUGGUGGCCAGGCCCCAUCAGGCUGGCUGCCGCAGCCACAGGCUCUGUAAACACAGGGAAACACGUGGAAAACAUUUCCACCCACUAGAGCCAAAAACAUAAUGUCCUGCACGGCCCAGCCACCGUCCCCACAUCCAGAGGCCGCGGGGCCUCCCGUGUCCAGGAACCAUGGCCCGGCUUGCGGCAGGGCCGGACACGGCUCAGCAUCCAGUUGGUGACUAGCUAGCCGCAGGCCUUCAGGGGCCUCCCACCCUCCCAGCCUGCGAACUUCGGGAGCACACCUGCCACCGCAUGCCGGUCACUACGAAGACAGGCGCCACUGUCUCUGGCCGCGUGCGCCCAGUUGCUGCUCUGGCCCACACCAUGUUGCCAGGGGCCGGGCUGCUUUGUGUGCCUCUCCAAGUGGCCUCUUUCGUUUGUCAGUAAGUCUGCAACAUCGUGGGCACCAGCUGGCCCAGUAAGUCCCUGUGUGCCCGGCACCUGGCCUGCAGCGGCUCCUCCUGCUUAACUCCUGACACAGCCUCAAGGACUGGCCAGGGCAGGAGGGGUGCGGUGCUCCUGGCGCCCACCCACCACAGCCGUCCUAACCGCCUGCCUGUCUGUUUCAAGAGUCACUGGGCCUUCAAACAGGCCGCCUGUCAGACCCUGCUUCUGACUGAGUUUAGUGACCGGUUCCCUUCCUGCUACCCCAUGUGCGGUUCCCUGGGAAGGACCACCGCCCCCCACAACCUGCCCGCCCCCCGCCUGCCCCCAGACCCACACCGACAGCAGAAGGCACUGAGGUCUGGCAAGUGGCAGGGAAGAGCCAGAAGCCAGAGACUGGGGCCCCCACCCUGCUUCCCUGCACCCUGCUGUCUCUGCUGUCACACCUCUGGGACUCACACAUGGAUCGCAGAGGAGCACACUCCCAGUGACAGCAGGUCGGGUGACGGCUCACUGUUUUUACUAUGAAAGCCCCCCCAAUUUGGCCAACAUACUGGCCAACUGUUGGGUUGCCCCAGCUGCUCAUGGGAGAUGCUCAGAGUACCUGUGAGGUCCCUCAGAUUGGUAUUUCAUGAUGGUUCAGUCAACGUAGGAGAUGCUAGUUUUACUUAUUCGACAUAAAGCCUUGCUUAGGAAAAGGAGGAUUUUUGCAAUGGAAAUAAAUUGGUGUUCCCUUAAGCAUUUCCAGCAUGGGGGCCACUGCGUGUUAGAUCCUGACAGCUCCUGGGGAGCCCGGACGGGCCUGGCUCUGCUCCGCACUGUUCACAGCUGAGAGGGAGACUGGGCCUCCACGAGGCCUUGCUUCUAGACCGAGGCCACACAGCCAGUCGGCCGGAGUUCAGAGUUAGGCCAGGGCCUUGCCCACCCCGUCUGCCCAGGGAGGCUGGGGCCCAGGGUCCUGUUGAGGAGUGGACAGACAGGCCCGGUGGCCUGAGCGAGGUGAGGCCGAGGGCCCAGGCCUGUGCGCACACCACCAGCACCCCACCCUCCUAGAGGUGAGGCCCAGGGAGGGCUGGAGUGGGCCAGUCUAAGUGUGCAGGGGUGCUGGGCAGUGGCCCAUGCCCUCCCCAGAGUCGUAGCUGCUUCUCCCCCACCAUUCCACAUGGAGGCCCCUGGCCUGUAAGAGGCCCCCUGGGUUAGUCGGGAGCAGUCAGCCAAGGAGGGGGAUCCCAGCUCGGCCCCUUCAGCCGUGUGAUCCUGGACAGGACUUCCAGCCUUGCUCUCCUCAUCUGGAAAGGGGUGACCCCAUCCAGAAGGCCAUGGUGAGUCCCGUAUGAGGUAUCACCCAGGCUGGCCCCAGGCCCACAGUGAGCGCUCAGCACUGGGGGUAGGGCCGUCAUCCUGCAGCCCCUGUGGGUCUGGUGUCAAAAGACAGGCCCUACAGCCCCCGGUGGAGAGGGGCUGAGGAAGGGCAGGCGGGCCCUGGAGGAGGGCCGCCUGGAAGUGCUGGUG